GAGUUUGACUCUCCUGAAAUAAAGCCUCACAAAGUUGUGGCUUUGCCUCAGGCAUUCUUAAAGCCUCAUUUUUAUUUUCAUGACAUUCGAGUGUAUUAAAAGGAUCACAGUAGCAUUUAAAUGAUCCUUCCUGUUGUAAUUCAAAUGCAAUCCUAUUUUCAUGGGAUUUGUCAUGGAGACUUGUCCAAGUGCAUUUAUUUAUUAUAGUGCUUUAGCGUUUGUUUAUGAUUUCCACAGUGGCCAUGGCUUCAGGAUAUGUGGACACAUGUGACAGUUUUCCUGAGAACUCAGCCUACGGGCAAACAAAAAACAGUGUGUUCGACUCUCCUCCUCGGCAGAAUAACAUGCAGGAUGGUGAUCAUCACAAAUACAGAGCUUUGAGUUUGUCUAUCGACUCUGGAAUUUCCUCGGCUGAAUUUUCCCAUCUGCACUCCAACACAAAUAACUUCAGUCUAAGCGACAGGUAUUUAUGUGACCCCCUUGACAUGAAUGGCUUCUCAGAAGAAGAGCUGCUGAACAUUACAUUUGAGGAAUGCGAUGCUAGUGGACAAGGAGAAGUUCUAGCCUCCACGGUGGUGCAGUUUUUACAGGCUAUGACAGGCCACAGUAGUGCACAGGAGAAGCUGGUUGUCCUGAAGCACAUGUUGGACCCAGAGGAUCAAGAUUUGCCCAUCGACAGAGACGUGUUCCACACAACCAUGAGGAAGUGGAUAUCUCAGUGCAGUCAGGACGGAACAUUCCCAUUGACUUGUAGAUUACUUGAUGACUGCUACCAGAUGUCAGGAACAAACUAUUCCAGAACAACUGGCAAUGAAGCUGAAUAUUCUCCUUCAUCGGGUGAAACUAUAUUUACAGACCAAAGCGAGUAUAGUUGUGACGCAGGUGAUUUGUUGGGCUUGGUGGCUGAGCUGAAACACACUCAGGGCAGACUGAGAAAACAGAACAGCAGCCUGCUGAGGAGCAUCUCUCAGUGCGAGGAAACCAACCUUGAGUUGAUGAUGGAUGCUUCAGAGCUUCAGAGUAAACUAGCAAGUGCCCAGCUGAGAGCAGGAAGAGCUCGAUGUCUGGCUGAAGAGCUGGAGGAGGCCAGGCGAGAAAGUCAAGAGAAAACCAGCCAAGCUCAGGCUUACAGCCAGUCACUGAUAAAGGAGAUUGAACACCUGAAGACUCGUAUCAAAGUCAUCGAAGAGAUGAAUGAAAAACUGCUGCUGGAGAGAAACAUUGCAGAAGAUCGAAUAAACAAUCUCAAAGGAGCAAACACAUAUGUCAGGGAGGAACUGGACGAAUUGCAGAUGCUACUGGCAGUGAAAGAAAGAGAAAUUACUAAGAAAAACGUCAUGCUACAAAAGUUUAAGGAAACAUUUCUGGAUUACCAAAGAAUCGUUGAUGGUCUGCAGUGUGAUCUGGUGAGAUUACAGGAGCACUCACAGCAAGCUCUUAUGAGGUUUGAUAAAUGUUCAGCAAGUCUGAAAAAUAAUACUGCACCAAACCACUACUCCUUACAACGUGAGAUCCAGGAGGCUGAGCCGAAGACACGUGUAGAAGAAAACAAUAGCUCAGUGCCUGAGCCUCAGCCUCCUUCAUCUUCAAAGACAGAUCUGUACAAUUUCAUCCACAAGAUCAAGUCUGCAGAGCUGCGGGACGCAUAUAGAGAUGAAUCAUUACCAAAAGCAUUCCUACAGGACCAAAAAGAGCAAACAAGCUCCAAGCAGCUACUGACAAUUCUGAGAGAAAUAGAGCGGCCGUGGUUUCCAUGGGACCAGCAGCCGAAGCGCAGACAGAUCGAAACACACCGGAAGAGGCAGGAACUGCGCAAAGCUCCACCCAUCACCUGGUGGAGAGCUCUGAGGGUGGAGGAUGAGAGAAACUGGAACACCAGUGACAUCCAUGGUACAACCAAGGAAAGGCUCGGUUCUCUGGAGAGCCAGUUGAAGGAUGCACAAAUAGAGGUCCAAAACAGCAGAACGGAAUUGAGAGAAGCCCGAGUCCAGGUGGAGAGGGCAGACGUGGGCGUGCAGACGGAGCAGGUUGGAGAUGAGCGGAAAUGUGUCGCUGCAGAGAAAGUUCUGGAGUCUCUCAGAAUGGUGGAGGUGUUGGUGAUGAAGGCGUUGCAAACUGCUGAGGUGCUAACUGAAAGCGAGAGAAGGACGAAGGAGAGGAUGGAGGCCAUAGGCCUAAAGGUGGAGGAAGCUCUGAGUAGAACAACAGAUGCCGAAAACCAGCUGAGGGGACUUGAGGCUCAGGUUUCUUCCUGCGCAAAGUCUUCUGAUAAUUCGUCAUGUCCUACUGAGAGGCAUCAUCCAGCAGUCUGUAGUGUCUUCAUCUCACAACCUGUGAACCUGAACAUGACAAAUGGUGUCUGCUCUCUGUACACAGGAGCUGAGGAUAACAACCCAGAGAGCACAUCCCUGGACAAAGAUGAUACAACUAGAACUCUGAAUGACUUUUCUGGACUAUUGGUGACAAGUGAAAGUGCUUUCCUGUCAGACUCUUUGUGUUCUUUAGUGGGACUCGUUAACAAACAAAAUCCACCAGAGGGAAACGGCAGUGAGCGAGGAUCCACUGCUGCUCACAACCCUGUUCCGGAAACUUCCCAGAGUGUUGCCUGUGAGGAGCGAAGGCGCCAUGGCACACAGGAGAAUGGAGUCGGGUCAAAGGAACCAGAUGACAAAGAUGACUUUCUAAUAAAGUCUGGAGAACGGAAGAACAUUGGAGUUUCCCUAGAAGAAGCUGUAUAUAAUAAAACCCUCAAGCUAGAGGAAAAAGAAUAUCCCAACUGUAAACCAGACAACACAGGAAGAAGGCAAAAUUUAGAAACUUCUGCAAGUUCUGAAUCAGGACAGAAUACAAAGUGUGAAGUCUUUGAGAGCGUGCAGAGAGGGGACUCUUCAGAACGGAAGCAGUGUGACCAAAUUUUCCGAACACGUAAAUUUCUUUUACGUGAAGUUGCAUCGGAGAGCAAUAGAAGUUGGAAAGAGGAAUCGGGAACAAGUACAGGAAGCAAAGAGGUGACAAAUGGGAAUGUAAAGGAUUUAUCAACAAAUUGCAGCACUUCAGAAUCUGGGAACAGACAAGGUUCUGAUGUAUAUGAAGGUAGAAGUGUUCAAAUCUGUCAAGAACAAACUGCACAACUGGUUGGAACACUAAAGAAAGAAAUCUCUGCUGAAUGUGAAGAAGCAGGAUCUCCGGCAAACCCAGCAGCUUCUUCAAAGUCUCCAAAGUCCCACACUCCUUCCUUUUUCCCUCGCACUCACUCUCGCCUUCCGACCACCCCCACUAUGCCCACUGUACCUGAAGAGGAAGAAGAUUCUCCCGAGGAGAUUGACAGCACCUCCAGCUCCCCAUCCUCCGUUAUGCCAGUUGAGUCCAAACUAGUGAAUGUAACCCUGUUGCCUCCUGCUAUCGUUCUGCCGAGACAAGUCAACAAGCAGGAGCCAAGGCCAUUAAAGGAAGCCAGACCACAUAGUCCGAGACCUCGUCUUGCAAGGAAUUCCAGCUCCUCUGGACCAAUCACAACAGUAGAUAAUGAUGGUUACGUGAUAGACCUGGUAAAAGAUGAGCUUCCAGAGAUGCAGCUGUCUGAUGAGGACCGGCAGAAGAACCUAGAGCUGCUAGAGGAGGCAAAGAAAGUGAGCGAUCGUUUCCUGACCCGGAGGGGACGUCGAUCUACGUGUAGCCUCACAGAGUCUCCUACAGCUCUCUCGCCUAACCCGACUCCAGGCUCCUCUCCUGUACCCUCGAGAAGCAGCUCCUUCUCAGCACCAGCACAAAUAGAGGUUCUAGCAAAUCCUCCUUCAAGCCCAUCCACAAGCCAGAGGUUGGAGGUACCUGCAGUGCGUGACCACGGGGAAGCAAAUAAGCCUGAGCAGGAGACUCUGGUGAAGCUUGUAGAAUGGAAAUCGCCUGAGAAGCGCAAGGUUUCCUCUGGCACAUUGACCCCUCGCCACACCGCUUCUGUUCCAGCCAAAGAACUCAUCAUAUCAACAGAGCAGUGUGCCUCCAUGGACCGAGGAAAAAAGCCAACUUCAGGCCCUGCAGUACAGAACCCGGAUAGUCAGGCUCCGGCAACUGGAGUGGCAAAGCCCGUACCACGGCUAGCCAUGCAGCAAGCUCCAUGCACGGCAGAGAUAAAGACCAUUGGGGCCUUUCCCCCACUCAUGAGAGCAGUCUCCUGGGAUACGGUGGGCUCUCUGAACAUGAGGAAUGGGGGACCAAAAGGUGAAGACAGCUUCUCUUACUCUGACAGCCUGAAGCCUCCUGUGAAUCCCCAGAAAUUGUCUAAACUGCGGGAGGAACAUAAGCUCUUGAGGAACCAGAGCAUCUCGGGGUCAAAGCUGCCAGAUCUGAGCGAGACAGCCGAACAAGAUCGAGGCGCGGCCUACAGUAAGGAUCCCUCAUCUUCUACAACUGAGUCCACAGGAGAUGGGGAGACAAAAGAGAGAGCAGAUGCCAUGCCCAACAUAUCAGACUUGAUGCUUCGCAAACUCAAACUACACAGAGGCUUACCAGGCUGUGCCCCUCCACUUACAGAGAAAGAAGUCGAGAAUGCCUUUGUGCAGCUGUCUCUAGCUUUCCGCAAUGACAACUACACACUGGACACGAGACUGAAACAGGCUGAGAGGGAGCGCAACCUUACAGAGGAGAAUGCUGAGAAGGAACUGGAAGAUUUUAAAACCUCAAUUAAGAGCACAGUGUCUCUAUGGCAGAAUGCAGACCAGAGGGAGUUUUACCAGCGUCUCAUCGAGACUGUAGCUGUGCUGCACCGCCUCGCCAACCGUUUGUCCAGCCGGGCAGAGAUGGUGGGUGCAGUGCGACAGGAGAAGCGGAUGAACAAGGCCACUGAGGUAAUGUUGCAGUAUGUCGAGAACUUAAAGAGGACAUACGAGAAGGACCAUGCAGAGCUGUUGGAGUUUAAGAAACUAGCCAACCAGAACUCGAACCGUUGUUAUGGCGGGUCAAUAGAAACUGGAGAUGAUGGAGUUCCACGUUCGGCAAGAUCCUUGUCUAUAUCAAUGGGAAAGGCUUUACCCAGGAGAAGAGUCAGUGUAGCUGUGGUUCCAAAAUUUAAUCUCCUGAACAUUCCUGGUCAGACUCCAGGAACAGGGGGUCCAGCUUCGGGUCCAGGAGUGAGCCUUAGCGCUGCUGCUGGAAGCCCCAGCUCUGGUCCUGGUGCACUUCCUGUAUUGUGUGAGGCAAACAGUAUGAAGAGUGACUCCACUUCAGAUCCAGCGCAGCAAGCGGCAGGGGAAAACGGAAAAGUUCUGCUGGAACAGGAAGGUGAGGCAGCUACUCUGGCCAAAGUAUCCUAUAGUCCAGAAGAGAUCAGAGCUGAGAUCAAGGCCAAGAUUGAGGAGGAAGCCUACAACAAAGGGUAUCAGGAAGGACUGAAAAGACUUAAAGAGCUCAAGGAAGUGAAGGAAGAGGAGGAAAAGGCAGAAGAAAAAGAUUUAGAGCCAGAGGACCGAACUGGAGAGGAGCAGGAAGAAGAAAAAAAUCCAAGCAGGUCUAAACGAGUUCUGGAAAUCCUUGAACGAGUAUGUCCAAAGAUCUUCAGGAGCAACUGGACCCUAUGGGUUGUUCUGACUUUGUUCUUAGUAGUGUUCCUUUUAGUCAACUUCAUAAACUUUUUCAACAACCUCUACGCUGAUCACACAGACCCGACGGCAGAAAAAUCCAACGUUCCAGCGAAGAAGUUUUUAGGACUGCAUGUGGGAUCGAAGAAUCCAAGUUCAGAGUAACACCAAAACCUGCACGUUCAGAGACAGGCUGAUAAACUUGAACUAUAUAAUUGUAAUCAUGUCACGAGAAGCCAAAUAACUUAAUGCUGUAAAAAAAAAAAAAAAAACCACACAAAAAUGGGCAAAGUUGCAACAAAUAUAAAGUCAGAAGUCCUUGUAAGAUUAUUUAUAUAUAUAUAUAUAUAUAUAUAUAUAUAUAUAUAUAUAUAUAUAUAUAUAUAUAUAUAUAUAUAUAUAUAUAGUUUGAUAUGUUACAAUAUGAGGCAGAUUAUAUUACCACUCAAACCGUACUUUUAUUCUCAGGUUUGUGAGAUGAAGCAUUGUUGAAAAAUGAAGUGUACACUAUUUAAGAGCUUUAAUCUUUUGGUAUGGGUUUUGAAAGUCACUGAUGUCUUCGUUGUCUGAUCUGGUAUUCCGAGGUAGCGUGCAAUAUUUGUGCAACACAAUAGAUUCGUUUUUUCGGUUUUUUUUUUUCCAGAUAAUCGAUUUUUAAAACGUAAACUACAUCUUCGAAUUUGAUUUGUUCCAUUGACGUGUCCACUUAAAACAUGUUGUGUGAAGAAUUUAAUGGAAACAAAAAAAAUGUCAGAACACUUUUUUUUUUUCUUGUUUUGUCUUUUUAUUUUCCAGCACCAGAGGUUUGUCAUCGUUUUAAAUCAUUAAUGUUCACUUGUGUUAAUGGUUUGUGCCACUCCACUCCUUUUAAUAAAGUGGCCUUAAAAAAAGGUCUAGCAGUUUCACACAGGGUAAUAAAAUGCAGUACAUGUCACAAA